ACAAAUGUGACUGGGGUGUUAGUCUGCAUUCCUUUUUAAAAGGUUACCAUCGACGAAUGGCUAAAUGCCUUGGAAAAAAUGUGCCGGCAGAUUCAAACUAAGACCCUUCAAAUCCCACAAUGGUACUUACGUUACAUGGACGUUUACUUUGAUGUAUUUGAUAGACUUGGAAAUUCUGAUGGAUGGGUGGAGAAAGAGGAAUGGGUAACAUAUUAUGGAAAAUGUUUAAAAUCGCCACAAGAAAGAUCUGAGAAAUAUUUCAAGAAGAUAACAUACGAUGGACGGAUUACUAUUGAUCGGGGUGUUUGGCAUUUAUGGUUCAUACAGAUGAAUAUGUCUGAUGAUGUGAACUCCCCCGGAGAUAUGUUUAUACGAAUGUGUACCGAGAAGCAAGACUAAUAGACGAAUCGACAGCAGACACACA